AUGGCGUUCUGGAGCAGUGUGGGGUCCCUGUGGAUUGGGGGCUCAACAGAUCUUCUGGGAAAUGAAUCCUCCUCCAAGAGCUGGGUCUGGCUAGAGGAACCCUCAGACUCCGGCCUCGUGUCACCUGUGGACAACUCUGGACUGUGGCGAGCCCUGUGUUUUGACUGGAUGGUGCCCUGCUUGGGACCUGCAGCUGUCCUUUUGUCUUCGCUCACUCUUCACGUCCUGUGGACUCCGUGUCUGGGUCACGCGUCCUGCUUCGGGCACUGCACCAGACGCCCAUGUUGGGCCUGGCCCGUCUCUGAGCCAUUGCCAGACACGCGGGUCCCUUGCUGGCUGCUCUACCUGGACCCUGGGCUGGCCGUGGCUGUGUCUGUGGCCCUGCCGCUCUGGCUGUGGCCGGCCUUCCGUGGCUCCGCCAUGGUGCUCCUGCAGGCCGUUCCAGAGGACCUGGACUUGCAGCUGCUGGAGCUGCGGCUGCGCGCCACGGAAGGCGUGGCGGCUGUGCGGGAGCUCCACAUUUGGCAGCUGGAUGGCCCGGGCAGUUUGGUGGCCACGGCGCAGGUAUACUGCUUCGACGAUGCCACCUUUGAGGCUGUGGUGGAGCGAGUCCAGCGGGUCUUCUGCGAGCAUGGCAUCCACAUGGCCACCGUUCAACCUGAGCUCAGCACUUGCCAGGGUGGGGAAUGCCACAGAGGGGGCGGCCAGCCCCCGCGCAAGCGGUGCCUGGCCCCCAGCCCUAAGGUCAUGAUGGAGUAUGAGACCACAGUUUGAGUAGGAUAGAUGGACCCUUGGAGGGCAGGUAGGAAAGUGACGCAGACAGUUCUACAGUGCCACAGCUGCCUGCCUCUUAAAUAGGGUUACCAACUUUGAGCUGGAGCCUGGAGUUCUUCUAGAAUUACAACUGAUCCC